AUGAAUUCAUUUAGUAUUUAUUUUGCAUUUAUUCAAUUAUUAUUAAUUUACAUUCGCAAUACUCAAAUGUUAGAACGUACACGUAAGUUUGAAAUACAGCACACACUGCUUAGGUUUGGACGUGACUAUUCGGUACGUGAUAUUAAUGGCAAUUCAAAUUAUAAAAUAGUAUACAAAUGGUUACACAGUUUAGGAAAAACUUUAAAAAUUGAAGAAAAUCAUAAAGUAUUGUACGAAAUCAAACAUGUAGUGGGUCGUUUAUAUGCCGAAUGGCAAAUCUAUCAAAAUGAAACUCUAAUUAGUCAACUGAAACAUGAGCCGUCAAUAUUUGAUGUCAUAUAUAAAGUAAAAAGUGUGAAUGGCAAUUAUCGUAUUCAAGGUAAUUUUUUAUUACAUAAUUUUAAUAUUCGAAAACGUAGAGUUAAAGUGGCGAAAAUCCAUAAAAACCAUGUUCAUUCGAGUGAUACGUACGGUAUUGACAUUAAUUCAAAAGAAGAUCCAGCAUUUAUCAUCGCUUUGUGUAUCAUUAUUGAUGUAAUUCGACAUCAUUACUCAGAUAUGUAA